UUAAUAUGCAUUUAAUAUUAUGCUCUGCUUUUCCUAUUUAGAUUCAAGUCAGUCGUUAAAUUCAGCACAAUCUACCCAGGUGGGACCUAUUAUUGGAAGUAUUAGCGGAGGAACUGUAUUGGGGAUUUUAUUGGGAAUUACUGGGAUCUGGUUUGUUUUCGUUCGUAAAAACAGGCCAAAAAAGGGCGGAUGCUCCGCAUGUUGCAUUUCAGAUAAAACCAACACAUACGAAGCUAAAAUCAGCUCAACCGGUGACGCCACGUACUCUUCCAUCGAUGCCGCUACUCCAGUACAAAGGGAACAUUACUAUGACGAUACCGUAGCUGGUAGAGCACAAGUACCAUCCAAUCAAGUGGAGCUAGAAGGACAGAACGUUAUUGUAACAUCGUACGAAAACAUCGAUUCAGGGAAGCUACACAGGGACCAUGGCUCGACAACAUUGAGGUCAGCAAAUGUGAUGUUGUAUGAGUCACUUAACCAAGAAGGGCGGCAUCAGGAAGCCUGCGAAAUGAUCACGACUUCUUAGCAUUACAUCGCGCAUUUAAGUCAGAGAAGAUCGAUACAAUUUGUAAAGUGUUGUCCCAAUUAUCUUCAUCAAGUUUAAAAUGUUACACAAACUGCGAUGAAAAUAUGUCGUGUAUGUACUUAUUUGUAAUUGUGUUUGGUAAAAAAAGUUACAUUUUUCUUUUGAAGAGGUGAUCCCAGUUUUAAAUGUUACAUUAGCUUAACUUAGUUCACUAUGCUCGUGGUGCCUAUGAUAAGCUCUACUGUAAUGUCAAUCGGUCGACCAUUUCAGGCCUGGUCUGAGAUGAUAUGUGUUUUAUUAACAUUUUACAAUUUUGGCAAUAGUCACACUAUUUCAUUUUAGUAUCUUAAAAUUAUUGAUUUUAAGGCAGUUUUUUUAUUUUAUAAAUGAAAGUUAAGAUUAGCACUUUCAGUUAACUGUACAGUUGUUGCAUUUUUGAAUGCAUUAUGUAUAUUCUCUCUUCAGUAAUUUAGUAAUCAUGUUGUUUAAAUGUCAGAAACAUCUACAUAUAUCAAGAUCAAAACAUUGAUAUUGCAUACAUAGGUUAAAUGGUAGUUGAUCUACCAAUAAACUAGGUUACCAACAAGACAAUUGAAUCAACACAUACUCAUUCUCCACGUAAGUGGUCAACCACUGGCUUUGUCACUGAAUAAAACGUAAUUCAUUAUAGCUCAAUAAACCCUCUACUGCCAUUACUUACUUAUACUCAACAGCCACACAUCUACUCACACUCACUCACUCACUCACUCACUCACUCACUUACUCACUAAUUCACUCGUAUUCAUAUCACCUACAUAAGCCCCACUCAUACAACUCUUAUUCACACAAUCACACUCACUCAUUCACUCACGUAAUAUAUGUACUAUCUUUUACCAUAAAUAUGUUCUCUGUAUUAUAUAGACUAUUUUUUGUAUAGUCUCUUAUAAUUCAGAUUUGAAUGUCCAUUUACAGAUGUUGUUAUAUAUGUAUUUUUAUAUCUUGUAUAUACUAUGUUGUACAUGUAAAUGAACGAGACUAGAAAAAAUAAAUCCAUUCCAAAUUACUGUAAAUAAACUGCUCAGAGCAAUACUAUUUUAUUUAAAAUGCAUCACGAUCGUGAUUUUAUUGAAAAAGACCGGUAAUGUAAAACGCAUUUGCUUUUCAAUUUAUGUUUUAG